AUGAAAACAAAACAAGAGGGAAGUACUGCUACUGAAUAUCUGCACAACAUAAAGAUUAUUAUUGAUAACUUGGCCUUGAUAGGUCAUUCCCUCAGUGAUGAAGAAGUUACUGUCCAUAUCCUCAAUGUCCUAGGAGACGAGUACAAGGAACUGGCAGCAGCAAUAUGGGCACGUGAUUCACCAGUAUCGUUCGAAGAACUCUACGACAAGCUGACUGAUUUUGAGAUAUAUUUCAAGCGUGAGGACAAAUUUUGUGUCCGUCAUCGGAACCGUCUCUAUAUAACUCAUCAACGUUGGUCCUCCGCCACCUUCAACAACUCCUCUGCCAUUGCGAUCGACAUCUCUGUCCUUGCUUUGGUUCCUCGUAGCCACCAAAGGCAGCAGAUGAAGAUAAGAACACAAGGAGCACAGGCGGAGACCACCAUGGACAGCCCUGACUGGACAUCGCUCCCGCUGGAUGUCCUCACGAAGAUUGGCGAAAAGCUUCCCGUCCCUUACCGUGCCUGCUUUCGUGCCACAUGCAAGGAUUGGUGUUCCGCACUCCUACCCGUUGUCAUACCGUCCCCGUGGCUCCUCUUAGUCGGCAAGAACAGCGAUACCUGCAACUUCUUGUCUCUCCCCACCAGACGCUCCUUCACCUACUCCCUUCUCCCUGAGCUCCGCGGCGUGCAGUAUGUGGGCUCUCAAGCUGGUUGGCUAGCAGUCUUCAAUAAAUACCAGGACGUCAGCCUCAUAAAUCCUCUAACAGCGGCUCGAAUCUGCCUCCCCUCCUUCCUCACCCUACCCAAUUUUGAGCUCGUCGACGGCAGCUGUGUCCUUCCUCAUCUCAACCGAAUCUCCAGUUGUUUUGUUACGAAAGUUAUCUUCUCCGCAAAUCCAACUACCCAUAAUUACAUCGCGGUGAGUCUCUAUGGCACUCCCCAAAUUGAAAUCGCCUACGCAAAAGCAGGCGGAGACAAGUGGAAUCUUCUUCAGACGACAUCGACUCAGAAUCGUUCAUACGAGGAUAUCAUGUACCACAAUGGGAAAUUCUACUGCAUAACAGUUGAAGCCGAAGUUUUCGCUUUUGACCUCAGUGGAGUUUCUCCCACCGUGACGGUGGUCGGCGAGAGCACGUCACUCGGUUUGACACAUUUCGACUAUCACAUUCCUUGCUCCCGUGUCAGACACAUUCACAGCAAAUACUUGGCGUGCUCGAGCACCGGGGAGCUGUUCCUGAUUUUGAGGCGCACAGUUCUCUCAUAUGAAUCGCUGGGAUGGAAGGCUAUCAUGGUUUGGAGGUACAAUCCUCAGCGUCAGCCAUGUUGGGAAGCUGUGAAGAACUUGGGGAAUAAGUCCUUGUUGAUCGGUAUCAACAACGCUAUAUCGAUUUCUACCGAGAAUUUUCGAGAUGCACGACGAGAUUGCGUCUACUUUACGGAGGCGCUGAUCAGAACCAUAGUCGAUGGCCGGCCCGAAUUCAUUCCUAGCAUUGUAGUGUCUGAUGUGCGACGGGGAAAGUGGGCGCGGGCAAACUCUCAGUUACAACCACUCUUGCUGCCACCCAUCUGGUUCACUCCCUCCAUGCUGUGA